AUGGCUUCAAACGAUAAUCAAGGUUCGUCAUUUCAUGAUGAAGCACAAAAUGACGAUCCUCCUCCAACCAAUUUUGAAGAUGCUGUUGAGCAGCAACCAGAUAUAGAUGAAGAAAAUCGGAGACGCUUUCCACAAAUACCUGCGUUAGCAUUUCAUCCCUGGGAAGGUAUCGAACAAGAACAUCUAGAAGAAGAUGAAGAUGACGAUGAUGCCAAUGAUGAACACGAAAUGAACGAAAUAGAAAAUAAUCUAAAUCAUGAACAAGAACAACUGAAUCGUUUGCAAGAGCAAAUCCGUCAUAUUCAACGACAUUUACUGUUAGAUUUAAAUAAUCGAGCAGAACAUUUGGAAGAUAUGGAAGAUGAUGAUAAUUCCGAUGAUGAAGAUUGGGAAGACGCAGACGCUGAUUCAUCUUCGACAGAUCAUGAGAACCGUGAAGAAACAGUCACUUAUGAUCGUCUAUUACCGACAACACAUUCAUAUAUGAAUGUAGAAAAUUUUCAAGAAUUUAGUGGUGUUUGUUUAUUAUCCGACGAUCGUCGUUGUCGAUUGCAUAUCGUUGAAUUAGCAAACAUGAUCUUGAUACCAAAUCAAACCGUACCUUGGCAAGUGUUCAAUACUCGAACAGCACGAAUGAUCAAAGAAGUGAAACAAGAACAACGGUUAUUCGGUGUUAUCGAUGCUUGUUCAUCGUUUCUAACGAAUGAUCCAAAAUACGGUACAACAGCGGAAAUUGUUUCCUAUUACGAAGAAAUUAUUGAUCAAUCCUUACAAUUAAAAGUGAUUGGACGACAACGUUUCGUUAUUGAUGACCCAUCGACAAUGAAACGCGAUUUGAACGGUGUACUUCGUGCUGAUGUACGAAUUCUUCCAGAUGUUCUAUUGAGAAAUCCACCAUUACCAAGUUUAAGUCAAAAUUACAUACAUACAAUCAAUUUUGUUUUACAAUAUGAUAUGUGUUUACAACGACAAAAACGGCUCAACCAUAUCGAUACUGACGAUCAGCAAGCAACUGGUUGUGGUCAAGCAUUGAUGAAAUUAAUUAAACGCAAACGAACAACAUCAUCAUCAUCAUCUACUACUUCACAGGAAACGAAAAGUAUUACCCUGACUCAGCCUUCGAAACAACGUCUAUUUCGGCUGCGAUCUCGCCAAGCUCCAUGGUCUUUAACACCUUAUCCAUACUGGGUUGUACGUCAAUAUGAUGCUGUUUAUGUCAUGUCAUUAGUUAAACUUGAAUUGAACAAUACAAUGUUAGCCAAUGAUGAUGGAUCAUUGCCAGUAACGCCCGAUCGUUUUGCUGAUUGGUUAUUAAUGAAUAUACCGUUUGAAAUUCAAACUGUACAAAAAAUACUGUCCUUUCCAACAACGAUUCAAAGAUUACGUUUCAUUCUAUCUUGGUUGAGACGUUACAAGAAGUUCGCUUGUCGGCAUUGUGCGGCUGAUAUCUGUGAAGAUCGUGAUAUAUUUUCAAUGUCUGCUUCGGGAUUAAUGGCCGCAUAUGUUAAUCCUCAUGGACAAAUUCAUGAAACAUUGACUGUUCAUCAUGCGAAGAAUAUUCGCUUAAUUGGACAUGAAGUAGCUGAACAUUCUUGGUUUCCAGGAUAUAAAUGGACAAUUGUCCAAUGCCGUCUGUGUGGGAAUCAUCUCGGCUGGCGUUUUCGCAACCCAUCGUUGAAACCGUCGACAUUCUAUGGUUUGACUCGUAAUGGUCUGAUUUUUGCGAGGAAUGCAACAGAAAAUGAUGGCGAAGGAGACGAUUCCGAAUUAAGCAGACGUGUACGACCAUCGACAAGCUUAGAAGAAUAA